AUGUACUUUGCGAACUUGGGUGCGAACGAGAGAUGCGCCAUGGCGAAUCUCAAGGACAAGACGACAGAGCCUUGCGUCGGCAAGAGCGCGCUGCUGAACCAGCUCGGAGGCGAUUUCAAGUCAGGAUUCAGCGAACGACACGGAGUCACGGCCAGCAUCGACGAGAAGAGGGUUGUUCUGGGCGGUGAAAGGGUGGUGUUGAUGGAUGUCCCGGGGUUGAUAGAGCCGUCGGGCGAGGCGACCGACAGAAACGCAAAGCUGCUUGUGGAGGCUCUGAGCAGAGGCUACAACUACAAGCUGAUAUUCGUUGUCCAGGCCUCGAACCGGACCAUGACCACGGACGACAUGACUCUUAUCAGCGAGGUGAACAAGUGUCUCGUCGAUGCCGGCAUGCUCCAAGGUCAUGAUGGAGGAAGUGGACGAGGAGAAGUAGGAUUGUACGAUUUCUCUAACGAGAGGUAUGAACCUCCUCCUCCUCGCCCGAAGAUUUCGUUCCGCAUCAUCGUCAACGCGGUCUCAGGGCAGAAAAUGCACAAUUCGUACGAAUGGCUCGUCCAAGACAAGUUCCAGUCCUUCUUCGCAGACAACGACACCAAAGAAACUCCAUUCGACAUCCAAGUCGACGAUGUGCUCCUCCUCCCAGCGGAUGACGAUGCGAUCGAAAAAGGAGGAUUCAAAGAGGAACUGACAAGGUUUGUCACAAAGCAGAAGGCGGUCCCUGUCUCUAUCGAGGCUAAAAUCAAUGUCAGCGAUGACCUCAAGACAAAGAUCAAGUUGGGAGCAGCCCGUAGUCAAGGGUGGAUGGAAGGAGCUGUGGCAGGAGCUGUGGGGACGGUCGUUCUUGCCGGCUAUAUCUAUGUCAAAUUUCAACAGGCUAAAAGGAUCAAUGGUCUUCCAUAG